AAAAAAUACAAGAGUAAAGAGUAAGAGCCCUUUUAUUUUACCUCACUCCUCUCAAAAAGAUUUUAUUUUCCUACAUCUCUCCCUCUUAGUUUUUAAGAUUCUCUCUGCUCGAUCCUUGACUCGACGUUUCUCACUCGCUCGAACUCAGUCUCUCUUCACGUCAACUUCCCCUCCAAACCAAUUACACCUCGAAGACGUUGUCGAUUCGGCGAAGCUAGGGUUUCGGGUUCUUUUGCAAUUUUUUGAAGCUUCUGAUUGGUGAAUCGUUCGAAUUUCGUGGACAUGGAGCUGUUUUAUUGUGUUUGGAAGUUUCUGAGAUCGUGUGGUAGCUAGAAAGUCGAAUUAGGGUUUCUGUUUUUGGAUGCAAAAUUGGGGGUUUUGUUUUGCUCACCGUGUUCAAUUUCAUGGCGCAAGUAUAAAUUUAGGGUUUCUAGGGUUCAUUCUGGUAUUGUAGUUAGGGUUCUGGUCGUUUAUUAUAUUAAGUUGCUAAAUUUAUAGUGUUCUUAGUCACUUUGAUUGCUGGGGCGUAUAAUCGAUAAUUGAAAGUUCAGAGCUUUUUGUGGAGAAUUUAGAGGGAACGAAGUGCUGGAUUGAAAAUUAGGGUUUCUGUUGUAAAUUAAGCAAAUUCGUGGGAUUUGAAAUGUUUUGGUUUGGUUUAGAAGUUAAAUUGGGCAGUGGAUAAGAUAGUAUUGAAGAUUUAGGGUGUAGACUGUUGUAUGAGAACUGAAGUGGGUGGAGUUUAAUAACUCGGAGGUAAGAAAUGUUUUAUUCACAGUUUAUUUUGGCCAAGAAAGGGCCUUUGGGUACAAUUUGGAUAGCUGCUCAUCUGGAGAGGAAGCUUCGGAAGAAUCAGGUCGCUGAUACUGAUAUUGGUGUCUCUGUAGAUUCUAUUCUUUUUCCUGACGUACCAAUUGCACUGAGAUUGUCUAGUCAUCUUCUGCUUGGUGUGGUGAGGAUAUAUUCUAGAAAGGUGAGUUACCUUUUUGAUGAUUGCAGUGAGGCUUUGCUCAAGGUAAAGCAAGCUUUCCGCUCCACUGCUGUUGAUUUACCACCAGAAGAAUCAACUGCCCCAUAUCACUCCAUCACCUUGCCAGAGACUUUUGAUCUUGAUGAUUUUGAGCUUCCAGACAAUGAUAUUUUUCAAGGCAACUAUGUUGAUCAUCACAUUAGUACAAGGGAGCAGAUUACCCUCCAAGACACAAUGGAUGGUGUUGUCUACUCCACAUCACAAUUUGGAUUGGAUGAGCGGUUUGGUGACGGUGACACUUCUCAUGUUGAUUUGGACCUUGAAGAGGACCUGUUCCUAGACAAGGUUGCAGCUCCAAGGUCUGAUGAAGUUUCAGAGCUGAGUCUUCAGCAGACGUCUGCGGAGCCAUUGGAACCAAAAGUAGAGGAAGAUCAUGAUGUGAUUGGAACUGCAGAAGCCAUGCCAGUGAAUGGUACUAGAAACAAGAUGGGAAGUCAAGCUUCAAAUUCUGAAUCUCUGGACUAUGCUCAGGCUCCUUCCACUCCUGGGUUAGUAGAAGAGCCAAACUUGUCCAGUGUUCAGGAUGGUCUAGCCUGUGAUGAUCAUUUAAAAUCAGAAGAUAACAAUUUGACCGAUGGCAUAGAGAGCACUGGAAAUGCUUCCAGUAAGCCAAAUCAUCACAGGGAUGACACAAUGAAUUUGUCUUUGGGCAAUCAUUUAAACUGUGAUACUGUUGUGUGCAUACCUGCUGAGGAGAAUGGCUGCCUUCCUGGUGAUUUGGAAAUCAAUCAAGCAGAGUCACAAGGAGAGUUACUAUCUACAUCAGUGAAUAUAGAUUGUUUAGCAGCAGAUGGGACGGUUUGUGCAUUAGAUGGAUCAAAGAAUGUAGAAGUGAUAAAUAACAUUGUCUGCAAUGGUGAGGUCACUGUGCCCUUUGUCGAUAAAAUCAAUGGUGAGUGCAGAGAAUCCACGGGAGUCAGGCUACACGAACCAGAUAAUCUCGAAAUUGCUAAUGCUGUGGAAGACUUGAGCUCACUUGGAAAAGCUGUAGAUGCGAAUACUGGCUGUCCAUUGGAAUUGGCUGGUGCCCCAGAGGGUGAUGCUCAGGCUCACCGAGGGCCAGAGGAUCCUGAUUCUUCGAGCAAAGAUGAUGGAGAAAAGACACACAAUUGCAUGGGUGUGCUCCGUGCAUGCAAUUCCUACAUGAGUGGACCUGAUUCAUCAUUUCAUGGGAUUAAUAAUGAUGAUUUUCAGCUUCCCCCUGAAACACAAGGUCUUGCACCGUGUUCAUUGGAGAUGUCCAAUGGGGAGGAAGUAUUCCAUGCUUCUGGAAUUUCCACUAAGGUGCAAGGUGAAAAAUGCCAUGUGACUGAUGUUAUACAAUCAGUGGAAAAUCAGAUAUCUGAACUCAAUUUACCUGGAGAAAUUCAAGCAGAUGGUGGGAAAUUGAAUAGUCCCUUGACUUCUGAAUUGCCUACACCUGAAAAGUUGCUUUCUUUACCUCAAGGGCUUCUUGAUAAGCCAAAUGAUUUGCUGGUUGAGUCAACUCCAGUAGAAGAAAUCGUAGAUGGGGGUGACAGAAGCAGUGCUGGAACCAACAUUACUGGAAAAAAGCGUAGUUUUACAGAAAGUUCACUAACUGUGCAGAGUUUAAAUUCAGUUGAUUCUUUUGGUGUCUCUAGAUCAAAGAGAACAGUGGAUUCCAUUCCUGAUGAUGACGACUUGCUAUCUUCUAUAUUAGUUGGAAGAAGAUCUUCAGUUCUGAAAGUGAAAACUACUCCACCUGCACCUGAAGUGGCAUCCAUGAAACGUGCCCGGUCUGCAUCUCGUCCUAGUGCCAUGAAGAGGAAGGUGCUUAUGGAUGAUUCAAUGGUCUUGCUUGGCGAUACAAUACGCCAACAGUUAACUAAUACUGAAGACAUACGUCGCAUACGGAAGAAAGCUCCGUGCACACGCACCGAGAUUUUAAUGAUUCAGAGACAAUCCUUAGAUGAAGAAAUUUUCAGUGAACCAGUAUUGACUGGUAUGUCGGCAGAGCUGACAUGUUUGCACAGUGAAACAUUUGAUUUGAGCAGAAUAGAGAUAGAUGACAAUGAUGAUAACAAUGCUUCUGUAGUGGCAAAGGAUUCUAGUAGACCAGCUGUUGCUCAAGUUAAUGAAUUGGAAGCAAGCACUGAACCUGUUAUUUGCAGAAAAGAUGUUGAUGGACAACCUGCUGAGAAUCUCAUUUGGACUGAGAAGCAAGGGCAAAUGAGUGCUAUUGUCGAUGUUUCUGGUUACAGAUCUUCAGAACAUGGAAUAUUUGGGGAAAUAACUGAAAUGGAAGUUGAUAAAGGGAAUGUGGAAGUUACAGAUGCUGCAAACCACACCACUAUUCUGCAUUUUGAUGGAUCGCACACUGAACUGAUUUCUGGAGAUGCUGGUGACAUGGUGGAUGGGAUGGCUCUCAUGGAUGGCUUUACUGGCACAGAUGGUUCUCUGCAGAUGGAUGCUUCAAUUCUGCCAUCGGAUAUGAUGGAUACUCAAGUAUUUGGGGAGGUUGAUUUAAGGGAUGUGAGUGAUGGAAAAACACUCGAUGACAUUGAAGUUUUAAAACAUCAUAAACAAAAUAUUGUUGCAGUUGAAACUGAAUCAAGGGAAUGGGAACUUUUGUUGGAAGAAAGCGAAGCUGGCGGACCAGCAGAAAUCAGAGUAGAUUUUCAGGCUGAUGGAUCUGCACCUGCUGAUGAUGCAGACACAUUGCUUGCAAGUAUAUCGUCAGAGAUUGGUGAAUGCAUUAACCUCACUUCUGUAAAUGUUGACCAAACUCAGGAUGGUGUUGAAAAUGACAAGCUAGGGGAUGGUAAUGAAGAUGGGGGCCUAGCCAUGAGCUCAGGGCAUGUUGACAAGGACCGAGAUUCUAAUCAUCUAUGUAAUGAAGAAUUAAUGACGAACCCUACAUUUCCUGUAGGAUCUGAUACGGACUUCAAAAAUGAUUCUCUAAAUGGUGGAGAUUAUCCUGUUUCUCGAGAAACUGAUCCACAGAGAAUUGUGGAUGCUGAAAUAACUUAUGCUGACCAUCCUGCUGAUCUUCAAGAUGUUGCAUUUGCAAAUGAUACAGAAUUUUUGAAUGUAGAUGAUGAUGAGAUGGGUGGAAAUGAUGAUGAUGGCAUACCAGGUCCUGAAGAUGCUUGCCUUCUUGACAAUAGUGGAUGGUCUUCCCGCACCAGAGCUGUUGCCAAGUACCUUCAGACUAUAUUUGAUAAUGAAGGUGGAAAUGGAAGGAAGGUCAUUUCAGUGGACAACCUUCUGGCUGGUAAAACUCGGAAGGAGGCAUCAAGAAUGUUCUUUGAAACUUUGGUUCUUAAAACAAGGGAUUACAUCCAUGUAGACCAGUUAAAGCCCUUUGACAGCAUCAAUGUAAAGCCACGAGCAAAGCUCAUGAAAUCAGACUUCUGAUCUCGGGUAGGAAAGGCAGAAACAGUUGAUAAAAUCAAUUUAGGUCUAGUUCAGCUCGUGCUGAGUGAGCUGGGGAUUUUCUUUCUUCUUUUUCCCUUUUCGUCAUAUUUAUUCCUUACUCUAAAUUAUUUCCUCAUAGUUGGUGUAACUGAUAGUUUAACGACGCAGUAGAGUUGCAUAUGUUACAGUAUCAGGUGUAACAUUCGUAAUGUGGAUCAUGUGUGUAAAUAUGUGUAACAUAUUAACAUUUGCAAUUGAAGAUGCUAAUUUAUUUGUUUGCCUCUACAA